AUGCGGAUGUCCUUCGUCACCUACUCCAUGGACUGUGACACCGUCUUGCUGCUCACCUCAGACAACUCUUGUCAGGAAAAGGCAGGGUUGGUUGGGAAAGGCAUUGAGGUGGCCGUGGGGUCCCCUGCCCAGGUGCCACUGACCUGGAGUCCUGUAUUCCUGGGCCCACAGAUGCCUGCAGGGCUGCCCACAGGCUCUGCCCACAGACAGCAGAGCGCUGCACAGGGCCUGGGUGUGGCAGGUGCUUGCAGGGGUCUAUGCAAUAGGAAGGCAGAGCCCACAUGCCAGUCCUGGGCCACAGGGUCAGCCCUGCAUGCUGAGGACACACAUGGGGAGGAACAGUGGACAGACAGGGAGUACUUUAUUGAAGUCAGCUUGAACAACGGCAAAACAUUCUUCAAGAGCAAUGUCAGCGUCACCAGCACCACAUGUGGCAUUUUUCGCAACUGGCUCUAUUUUGUGCCUCUCCUGCUGCUUGCACCACUGCUACUAUGUUGUGUCUGGCGGCUGUGCUGCAAGAAGGGGAGGUACCUCAGCUUAGCCCUUGCACAGUCCCAAUAUGCACAGGUUCCCUGCUGCCCAAGGAUCUGCUUUCCACACAGCCAGGAGUGCCUUUCCCUACCACAGGCUCCCUGCCGCCCAAGGAUGUGCCUGAGACACAGCCUGGAGUACUUUUCCCAAGCAGACUCUGCAACACAAAGAGCUGCCUUCAACCCAUCUGGGAGUGCCUCCCCAUCACCUGCUCCUCCAGGUGCCACCUCCUCCCCGCUACAUGCCCGAGGCCUCCCUCCCGAGGAUGCUACCACUGCUCCCUGCUCUUCUCGGGCACACUGCAGAACCCCCUUUGUCACUGCCUCCCCCAGAGCCCAACUUCUAAGGCACCAAACACCUAAGAUUAACAGGCCUUUGUUGCUGAACUGGACAUACACAUUGAGCCUUUGUUUGUGGUCAAAGGUGUUGAAUUCUUGCUGAUCAACCAAAGAGUUUGUCACCAGGGAGCUUGUCCUCUGAAUGAGCUGGAUUUAUACUGCACCUGCCAGAAUACAGCUCCCUGGUGCCAUGGGGAUGCCAGGCAUGGAUGCAUUCCACUCCUAACAGCCCCAAUUUCAUCUGUCACCAGGGGGUGGGACCAUGAGGUCUUAGGCCAAAUUCCUCUCUAAAAAAAGCCCCAAAGUCUUUGAAACGUGAAUUCAAUGCUGUAUCUCCCUCCCUAGCUUUUUUGCAAUGAAAAAUACUUGUGUAUCUUAUUUUCUAUACUCUUCACAUCCUUGUCCCUGCUUUCCAUUUCUUUGGCUAUUCAAAUUCUGAAUGUGUCCCAGAAGGCAAUGAGGGUCUUUCUGGAAAUGUGAGUUCUCUUUCUAGAUACCCCACACUGUCCCCAAAACCAAGCAAAUUUCAGCAGAUUUUCCUCAUUUCAUUAGAGAAGAUAAACUUCCCCUCUUAGUCAUUUGUCCCCAAAGAAGGAAGCACAGUCCCAACAGAGAUGAGUGUCAACAGACAGGAUCCUACCAUCCAGCAUGUGCAGACAGUGGCUGCAGGAUGGCCCAAGGUGCCACCCAUACAGGCCAAGGGCACCCCACAUGGGGCCCCUGAGCGCAUCAGGAGGGGAUCCCCUGGGGGCCUGUGGCUGAGGUUGUCCAAUCAUACCUAAUCUAUCUUGAGAGUAAAUCAACUGCUCUCCACCUCCCCCAUCUACUAGAAUGCAAUAUCUAUGCUUUUCCGUAGAAUUUUUGAAAGGUAAGUACAAGUUAAAAAUAUACCAGGUUUAGGUUUUAUUUGGUUUUAAUUUGGAUGGCAAUGUCCCCGCUCCAUGUUUUUUUUUUUUUUUUCUUUUCUUUUAAGGCUUCAAUGCAAUGGCUUGCCUCUGUGUAUAGGGCUUUGGGGUUUUCUCCAGGUCACAUGACUUUGACCUUCAAUGCCAUCAUCCUGAGGAGUUACUCUUUCUUGUCCCCCUUCUCUAUCUUGCACCCUCCUGUCCUGCUGCAGCCUGGACUCUGCAUCUGGGUCCUGCCAGCUGCCAUGAUGGGAAGCAAGCCUCUCCCACCCUUCCCCAGCCUCUCCCCUCUGUGUCUGUACAUCUGUCUCCCUAGCUGGUUAUGGGAGGCUUUUCCAGGCACACAACGCCCUGGCCAAGGCAUCCAGAGAAAUAAGCCAGGUCAAUGUUGAGGAAAUGGAAGAGGGUGCUAGAGCCCCUGGGGGUGGACGGGACCCAGUCAUUUGGUUUUUCUCCAUUUGGAGGCUCAUUCUCUGAGCAACCGUGGGUGCUAAAAAGAACAUGCCACCCCUCCACACUUCACUUCUCAACAUUCUUCCUGCAGUGGGAGGCCUAGCUUCAUCCAUUUUUUUGUCUUGUUUUGUUUUUUAGACAGUUUUUGUUUCACAAAAUACACACACUUCUGGUCCUGUAAAUACAGAGAUUUUCACAAAGAAUUGAGUGUUCCCACCUCAUUGCUGGACAGGUGGAGUUAUUUAUGACAAGGGUGCCUGGUGCCUGGCGAGCAGGUGCAUGGCCUGUGUGCGGCCCCAUGGGCAGGGUACUGAGAGGUGGGUCACAUGUCCGUGCAGGUGUGGGAAUGGAUGGACAGCCAGACAGUGCACCCUUUGGCUCUAGACUGCCUGGCCCAGCUGCCUAAUGCCUACGGCCAUAUACAAAUGUGCCCAGAGCAGCCAAGGCAACUUUACAAGGUGCCUGGAAAUGUGUGUCUCUCAAGACUCAGGGAGAAAAUGUUCACUGUACUCAUGACACCAGGAAAAGCGUGGGGAAGCUUUCAUUAGGCAGAAAGGGAGGUCAGGCAUGGUGGCUCAUGGGAGGCCUGUGGGAAGCCAAGGCAGGCAGAUUU